AGAGGCGAGGGGCGGCUGGUAGAGCGCAGGCCGGGCUCGCUCCGUUCCGCUCCGCCGCCGCCGCCCGGCCGGGGUUCCACCCGGGAUCUCCCCCGGUGCCGGGUGCCCCCAGCGAUCCGCCCCUGGGCCCCCGGCGGCUCCCCCCGGGAGCAGAGCCGGGCUCUUCUCAGCCCGCCGGGGCGGGGCUUGUUCCUCGUCCCCGCUCCUGCCGGAGAGGCCCUGACGUGUUGCCAUGGCCGAGGGGGCCGCGGCGGCCCCGGCGUGCUUCAGCGAGGAUGAUUUUUACUGCCCGGUGUGCCAGGAGGUGUUCAAAACGCCCGUGAGGACCGCCAACUGCCAGCACGUAUUUUGCAGAAAGUGCUUCUUGACAGCUAUAAGAGAAAGUGGAACACAUUGUCCUCUCUGCCGGGGGAGCGUGACUAAAAAAGAAAGAACGUAUCCCAAAAGGGCUCUAGAUGUUGAAAACAGUAUGAAGAAAGCUUCUGGGGGCUGUAGAUGCUGUGAGAAGCAGGUUAGAUUUUCGUGGAUGAGACAGCAUUAUAAAACCUGUAAGAAGUAUCAGGAUGAAUAUGGUGUUUCUUCAAUUAUUCCAAACUUACAGAUUUCCCAAGAUUCAACAGGGAACAGUAGCAGGAGUGAUGCAAUAUCUGAUAAUGGCGAGACGGCUAAUAGUCAAAUACUUCAAGGAGAAACAAGUGGACACCCAACCUUCAAAUGCCCCCUGUGUCAGGAAGCCAAUUUUACCAGACAGCGCUUGCUGGAUCACUGUAAUAACAGACAUCUUUAUCAGAUGGUUCCUGUGAUCUGCCCUAUUUGUGUAUCUCUUCCUUGGGCAGAUACUAAUCAGGUUACUAGAAAUCUUGUUGGCCAUCUAAAUCUAAGACACCGGUUUGAUUAUGGAGAAUUUGUGAAUCUUCAGCUUGAUGAAGAAGCCCAGUACCAAAAUGCAGUUCAGGAAUCCUGUCAUGUGAACUUUUAAAGCAGAGCCCCUUCCAUCUUACUGAUUAUCUGCGAGAAAAAUUACUUCUGUUGGUGAUCUGAGUGUAUAUUAAUAAAAACGGUAUUCAGUAACUA